AUGCCGAAGAAAGUAUGUAUCGUUGGUGCCGGGCCUUCCGGCUUGGUGGCGGCCAAGACCUUACUUCACGAUGUGCCCAACGGCACCUUCGAUGUCACUUUAUUUGACUCGCAGAGUCGGAUCGGUGGUCUCUGGCCGUGGGACAAGAACGACAACGCAGGUCUUGUCCAUCCCCGCAUGGUUGCCAACCAGAGCAAGCACACCGUCCAGUUCAGCGACCUCUCCUGGCCUGAAGAUUCCCCGCAGCUGCCGCGAGCAUGGCAAGUUGGCGAGUAUCUUGCUAGAUAUCGGGAACGGUACUGUUCGGGGGCCACCUUUCGUCUUGGGACCCGUGUUGAGACCGCAAAGCCACUUCCCGCUCAUGAUGGGGAGAGUGGUUCACAACUCCGCUGGUCGGUAGAGACACGCUCUUCAGAUGGUGAAAUAAAUGACGAAAUAUUUGACCACCUGCUGGUGGCAUCUGGCUUCUUUGGCAAACCAACACUGCCCGAAGCAGGGCGAGGGGACCACGACGUUCCUGUCAUACACAGCAGCCAGUACCGUGACUUGCCUGGGCUCCUUGGGAAAGUAACGGGGGAAGGCGGGAAAAUUCUCGUGGUUGGCGGACAGAUGUCCGGCGUCGAGAUCGCGGGGACCAUCGCUUCGCAUUUAUCAUCCGCCGUCCACUCGCCUGGGCCCAGUGUCAUACCAAACGCCGACAAAUACUCUGUACACCAUAUUAUACAACAGCCUAUCUGGGUGUUUCCACUGCACACUUCUCCCAAGCCAACAUCCUCUGCUCCCCCGUUUCUUCCACUCGACCUCGGCUCCUACAAUACCGCCAACAAACCUCAGCCUUUAACUAACUCGCAAGGCCACAUUUCGCCGGAAGCUGCCAAGACUACCCAUGGGAUCUUUGGGGCGGUCCUUGGGACCGACCAAUCCGACUUCUCUCCCCAGAUCGCUGUCACAGCCGCGCAGACAGAAGAUCCUCCGUACCUUGCUGUUAGUGACUACUACAUGGACUUUAUCCGCUCCGGCUUGAUUACGAUAUCUCACGGCAAAUUGGACUCUCUCUCGGGCCGUGUCGCGAAUUUAUCUCCAUCAGGAGAAGAGGUUACCGAUAUCGCUGCUGUCGUGCUCGCAACUGGCUUUGAGGCCGCUUCAUCCCUCUCGUUUCUCCCAGCUCCUGUGAAGGAAACGUUGUCUCUGCAGCCCUCUGACCUGAACAACACCGUUGCGCUAGGUUUCCAUGGAACCCACCAUCCCGAGGUUCCCAACCUUGGCUUCGUCGGUUUCUACCGGUCACCGUAUUGGGGCGUCAUGGAAAUGCAAGCCCGCUUCCUGGCGGCCUUAUGGGCAGCCGGUGGUCCUUCGUCACUGUCGCUCUCAGAAUCCCUUCGGAAUGCUCUGCAGAACGACACCUCGAUUAGGCGGACCCUCGAGCUUCGUACGGACCCACGCGCCUCCCAGUUCCCCAUGGGCGACUACGCUUGGCUGAUGCAAGAGUUCGCGACCGCUCUCGAUCUCCCCCGAGUACCACAUCUGGGCGAACUCCCUGCACUCCCACCGACCAACAAGCAAAUGGACAUUCUCACUCCAGCACGGUAUCCGUCUGCUGCAGCUACCGAAGCUCAACGCGCGGAAAGCACGGCUUCCCUUCUCCGGACUGAAGGCGCCAUCCACGCGGGCCUCGGGAAGCCCGCCAAGUUCCUCGCCCGCGCCGUCUUUCGUUCCCUCCUGGGCGAGUGGAAACUAGAUCGCGAUCUCGUUAGCAAGCUUCCAAGCCACCCUUCGGGACGCUUCAGCGGCACAGCACGAUUCCUGCUGCGUGAUGGGACUGCUGACGGGCGUGAGUCACUGUUCGACCCGGAAAAUCCGGGAUCAGAGUACCUAUACGUUGAAGAGGGUGAUUUCACAGCCACCAAUGGGUUCAAGUUUCAUGCCACGAGACGAUACGUCUGGAGGUAUGAUGAGGGAAAGGACCGCUUAAGCGUAUGGUUUGUCAAGACGGACGACCAGUUGAGGGCGGACUAUCUAUUUCAUGAGGUGGAGUUUACCGUUCCCCAGGGCGAAGGGGAAAACACUCAAAAGGGUUGGGAGGCUACUGCUGGCCAUUUGUGCAUUGACGACUUCUACAAUGUCAGGUACGGGUUCAACUUCAAAGCGGUGAAUUUGCAGGAUUGGCGGUUGGCGUACACUGUCAAGGGGCCGAAGAAGGACUACACCAUCGAUGGCACGUACCGGCGGUAG